AUGGGAGAUCAAUCGGUCACUAGGGCAGAAUUUGAAGGUUUUGCUGCAACCCUCAAAGCUUUGUCAGAUCAGAUGACGGCUUUGUCGACUAAAGUUGACGAAAGCACCAACAACAACAACAUAAACGGCGACCACAACAGAAACAUUAACAACCGAAACAACAACCGCCAAAACAACAACAACCGCAACAACAGGGGAGGAGGACCGACUCCAGAUAUUAGGGUUCGUUACGUCAACGACCCUUCUGAUGAUAAUUCGAGUUUUGAUGAAGAGGAAGUCGUGAUCGAUGAUGAGAGUGAACGUGGGAAUCACCAAGAUUACCGUGUUAAGGCUGAUAUUCCCCUAUUUCACGGAAUGAUGGGAGUAGAAGAAUUCUUGGACUGGCAGAUCGAUGUUGAUAGAUUUUUCGAGGUCAUGGACGUCCCGACAGACAAGCAGGUUAAGAUGGUUGCGAUCAGAUUGAAAAGUACCGCAGCUGUUUGGUGGGACAGGCUCGUUGUUCAGAGGCGUAGGCAAAAUAAACACCCUAUUCGAACUUGGAGAAAGAUGAAACAGUUGAUGCUUGACAGAUUUUUACCUGAAGAUUAUGAACAGAUUCUAUAUAAGAUGUAUAUUGAAUGUGUUCAGGGCAAGCGAUCAGUGACUGAGUACACGGCUGAAUUUUUGCGUUUUUCUGAACGUAACGAAUUAGGCGAGUCCGAGAAUCAGAAGGUGGCUCGUUAUAUUAGUGGUUUGAAAAGUUCAUUGCAAGAGAAGAUGGAAUUACAGACUGUUUGUACCGUUGCUGAAGCGUCCAACCUAGCUUUAAAGGCGGAAUUAAUAGAGAAAUCCCCCAUAAAUUUCUCAAAUUUCAGAAGAUAUUCUCCACAGAACCAAGCUGAUGACAAAGAGAAAAGUGCAGCAGUCAAAGAUUCAAACCAUGCUAGCAAAGCAAGCAGUUCUGGCAGUGCACCUCCAGUCAAGGCCCCUGUCCAAAAGCAGAACAACCCAUAUGCGUAUCCUGGUGGUGAUAAUUGUUACCGUUGCGGUGGAAAGGGUCACAAGUCCAAUGUUUGUCCAUCAAGGAGGGUUGCUGGAGUAGCAGAAGGUUUGGAUGAUGAUAAUGAGCAACUUGAUGAGGAAGAUGAAUACAUAGGAGUUGAGUUUGCUGAGGAAGAUUCUGAAGAGAGAGUGAACUUUGUGCUUCAGCGAUUGUUGCUAGCAUCCAAAGAGGAAGGCCAACGCAAAAAUUUAUUUAAGACUCGUUGUUCCGUCAAUAACAAAGUAUGUGACCUGAUAAUUGAUAAUGGAAGCACGGAGAACUUGGUGUCAAAAAAAUUGGUGGAUUAUUUCAAGCUGCCCACGGAGCCUCAUGAGAAGCCAUACUCACUUGGCUGGGUCAGCAAGGGAUCCCAGGUACGAGUGACGCUGUCCUGCAAAGUUCCUAUAUCCAUCGGCAAACAUUAUAAAGAAGAGGUACUUUGUGAUGUUCUUGAUAUGGAUGUUUGUCAUAUUUUACUUGGUAGACCUUGGCAGUUUGAUAAUGAUAUUACUUAUCGGGGACGGGAUAAUGUGAUGUUGUUUACUUGGGGAACUUAUAAGAUUGCUAUGACACCUGUUUUACAAUUUGAUAAGAACCCGAAAGAGAAGAAAACGAGUUUCCUAGUGAUGACUCAGAAUGAAAAGGAACUUGAUGAUGCCGUUAAGGAAACUGAGUGUUUUUAUCCGGUUGUGAUCAAAGGACUGAUGAACGUUGUGAAAGAAGAGAUUUUGAUACCAGGUGAAGUCUUAGAAAUUCUAAAAGAUUUCAAUGAGUUGAUUGCAGAUGAGCUUCCAAAUGAUUUACCUCCCAUGAGAGACAUUCAACAUCAGAUAAACUUGAUUCCAGGAUCUAGUCUACCAAACCUUCCUCAUUACUGCAUGAGUCCUAAAGAGAAUGAGAUUUUAAGGGAGCAGAUUGAGGAUUUACUAAGAAAGGGAUUCAUCCGUGAGAGCAUGAGUCCUUGUGCUGUUCCAGUCCUUUUAGUACCAAAGAAAGGAAAUCAGUGGAGGAUGUGUGUCGACAGUAGAGCCAUCAACAAGAUAACUAUCAAGUAUCGGUUUCCAAUUCCCCGUUUAGAAGACAUGCUUGAUGAGUUGUCAGGGUCUAAGGUGUUUUCGAAAAUAGACCUGCGUAGUGGAUAUCAUCAGAUCAGAAUUAGACCUGGAGAUGAGUGGAAGACAGCUUUCAAGAGUAAGGAUGAACUUUAUGAAUGGCUAGUGAUGCCUUUCGGUUUGUCAAACGUGAUAAGUGCUCAAAACACCUUCAUGAGAUUAAUGAAUCAGGUUCUACGCCCCUUUAUUGGAUCCUUUGUAGUAGUUUAUUUUGAUGAUAUUCUUAUUUAUAGUAAGUCCAAGAAAGAGCACUUGGAACAUGUGAGGUUGGUUUUGCAAGUUUUACAAGAUAAUCAGCUGUACAUUAAUUUGAAAAAGUGCACAUUCAGUACCAACAGGUUACUUUUCUUGGGGUUUAUAGUUGGUGAAGAAGGAAUCCAGGUUGAUGAGGAAAAGGUGAGGGCUAUCAGAGAUUGGCCUGCACCCACAUCAGUUACUGAAGUACGUAGUUUUCACGGGCUGGCCACUUUUUAUAGAAGAUUUAUCAGAGAUUUCAGCACUAUCACUGCACCAAUCACAGAGUGUUUGAAGAAAGGAAAAUUCAAGUGGGGUUCCGAGCAAGAUCAGAGUUUUGCCUUAAUAAAAAAGAAGUUGUGCACCGCCCCAGUCUUAGCUCUUCCUGAUUUUGAAAAGGUGUUCCAAGUUGAAUGUGAUGCUAGUGGAAUUGGAAUAGGAGCUGUUUUAUCUCAAGAGAAGAAGCCAAUUGCUUUCUUUAGUGAGAAGUUGAGUGAAGCUCGCCAAAAAUGGAGUACUUAUGACCAAGAAUUUUACGCCGUUUUCAGAGCCCUUCGCCAAUGGGAGCAUUAUCUGAUUCAUAGAGAGUUCAUUCUGUUUACUGAUCAUCAAGCUCUAAAAUUUCUCCAUAGUCAGAAAGUAAUUAACAAGAUGCACGCUCGGUGGGUGAGUUUUCUGCAAAAGUUCCCUUUUAUUAUUCAGCAUAAAUCCGGUGCUCUUAACAAGGUAGCUGAUGCUUUAAGUAGGAGAGCUUCUUUGCUUGUCACCUUAGCACAAGAGGUUGUGGGUUUUGAAUGUCUGAAGGAAUUGUAUGAGAGUGAUGCUGAGUUCAAAGAAUUGUUUGCCAAAUGCAAGGAGCGUCCUUGUGCAGAUUUUCAUAUUCGAGAAGGAUACCUUUUUAAAGGAGACCAACUGUGCAUUCCUUGCUCAUCCUUAAGGGAGAAAUUAAUUAGGGACCUACAUAGUGGCGGUCUUAGUGGACACAUGGGGCGAGAUAAGACCAUUGUUAGUCUAGAAGAGAGGUUUUAUUGGCCACACUUGAGAAAAGAUGUUGGAACCAUUGUCAAGAAAUGCUACACUUGCCAAGUUUCUAAAGGUCAGUCGCAGAACACUGGUCUUUACAUGCCUUUACCGAUUCCUGAUGACAUUUGGCAGGAUUUAUCUAUGGAUUUCGUGUUGGGUUUGCCUCGUACCCAGCGAGGUGUGGAUUCUGUGUUUGUAGUUGUGGACCGAUUCUCCAAGAUGUCCCAUUUCAUUGCUUGCAAGAGGACUGCGGAUGCAUCCAACAUAGCCAAACUGUUUUUCAGAGAGGUUGUGCGCCUUCAUGGGGUUCCUACAUCUAUUACCUCUGACAGAGACACUAAAUUCCUCAGUCAUUUCUGGAUUACUCUGUGGAAAUUAUUUGGAACAUCACUGAACAGGAGUUCUACUGCUCACCCCCAGACUGAUGGACAAACUGAGGUCACGAACAGGACUUUGGGAAAUAUGAUUCGCUGUGUUUGUGGUGACAAACCGAAACAAUGGGACUUGGCUUUACCUCAGGUUGAAUUUGCUUAUAACAGCACUGUGCAUUCUGCUACCGGAAAAACACCUUUUGCACUUGUUUACACUUCUGUCCCUAGGCAUGUCGUUGAUUUGAUUAAGUUGCCUAAAGCUCAUGGAGUUAGCGUAGCUGCUGAAAAGAUGGCUGAAGAGAUUAUGACUGUCAAAGAUUCUGUCAAGGCCAAGUUAGAAGCUACCGGGUUGAAAAAUAAAGUUGCUGCAGAUAAACGGCGAAGAGUCAAGGUUUUCAAUGUGGGGGAUGAUGUGAUGGUGUUUCUGCGAAAAGAGAGAUUUCCCGUUGGUACCUACGGUAAGCUACAGCCCCGCAAGUAUGGUCCAUUCAAAGUGACUCGCAAGAUCAAUGAUAAUGCAUAUGUGGUAGCACUUCCAGAUUCUAUGAACAUUUCCAACACUUUCAAUGUGGCAGACAUUCAUGAAUACCAUGCAGAUGAAGUCCUUUAUCAAGAUGAGAACUCGGGGUCGAGUUCUUCAGAGGUGGAGGAGACUGAUGUAGGAGGGCUUCCUUAG